AUGAUGAAGAAAUCCACCACCAUCCUCACCUACGUCAAAUCUCGAAUCACUCCUCUUCUCGUCGCCGAUCGUCGGAAACCUAAUCUCACCGGUCUCCAUUCGCGCCGCUUUAACUCCACCGCUGCGGCCAGUCCUUCCGUUCACGACCAGGCUAUAGAUUUUCCUGGAGGAAACGUCAAAUUCAUUCCUCAAAUGAAGUUUUUAUCUGAAUCAACGCAAGAGAGAAUCCCUUGUUACCGUGUUCUUGAUGACAAUGGGGACCUAAUUUUGGGGACUCAGUCUCUGCAGGUUAGUGAGGAUCUUGCUGUUAAAAUGUAUAAUAACAUGGUUGCACUUCAAACUAUGGACACUAUCUUCUAUGAAGCACAAAGACAAGGAAGAAUCUCAUUUUAUGUAACGACGAACGGGGAAGAGGCUAUCAACAUUGCAUCUGCUGCAGCUCUUUCAAUGGAUGAUGUUAUUUUCCCUCAGUAUAGGGAACAGGGAGUCUUGUUAUGGCGUGGUUUCACUCUGCAAGAAUUUGCAAAUCAAUGUUUUUCCAAUAAAUUUGAUAAUGGGAAAGGAAGGCAGAUGCCGGCCCAUUAUGGGUCUAACAAGCACAACUACGUGACUGUAGCAUCAACCGUUGCUACGCAAAUUCCCCAAGCUGUUGGAGCUGCGUAUUCCUUAAAGCUGGACAAAAAGGAUGCAUGUGCCGUAACUUACUUUGGAGAUGGCGGUUCAAGUGAGGGAGAUUUCCAUGCCGGAUUAAAUUUUGCAGCGGUAAUGGAGGCCCCGGUCAUUUUUAUAUGCCGGAAUAAUGGAUGGGCUAUCAGUACCCCUACAUCAGAUCAGUUUCGAAGUGAUGGUAUUGUUGUAAAAGGACAAGCUUAUGGAGUUCGUAGUAUUCGUGUAGAUGGGAAUGAUGCUCUGGCCAUUUAUAGUGCUGUUCAAGCUGCUCGGCAAAUGGCAGUUAGCGAAAAGAGACCAAUUUUGAUAGAAGCCCUUACAUAUAGAGCAGGACACCACUCCACAUCAGAUGACUCUACCAAGUAUCGUCCUGCCAAAGAGAUUGAUUGGUGGAGAUCGACACGUGAUCCUUUGGCGAGAUUUAGAAAGUGGAUAGAAAGGAAUGGUUGGUGGAAUGACAUUGCUGAGUCUGAGCUUCGAAACAGUUUGAGACAGCAGCUUCUUCAGACGAUUCAAGUUGCUGAAAGUGUAGAAAAACCUCCCCUUGCAGACAUGUUUAAUGACGUCUACCAUGUUCCUCCAUUCAAUCUCCGUGAACAAGAGAAAUGGCUGAGGGAGACUGUAAAAAAACAUCCACAGGAGUACCCGACAAAUAUUCCCAUGUAG